GGCCCGGCCGAGUGGAGCUGAGAGCCCGGCGGACCGUGCACGCUUCUGUCCCCCACUUGCAGGCUCCCCCCCCUCCCGGCAAGAGGGGCCCCUCUCCUCUGCCCCGUGUGGGAGGAAAUGCCUCCUCCCGGCCGCGGGAUGGGCAGCGGCGGGAGGAAGGUCAUCUGGGCUCUGGCCUUCCUGCUGCUUGUCCGCGAAGCCAGUUCUGCCAAGAAUAUCUGGAGACGGGCGCUGCAUGCCAGGCUGGCCGAGAAGCCCCGCGCCGAGGAGGCGGGGGGCCCCCGGCAGCCCCGCGCAGACCGCUGCCCGCCGCCGCCGCGCUCGCUGCCCCCGGGCGCCUGCCAGGCCGCGCGCUGCCAGGCCGACUCCGAGUGCCCGCGGCACCGGCGCUGCUGCUACAACGGCUGCGCCUACGCCUGCCUGGAGGCCGUGCCGCCCCCGCCAGUUUUAGACUGGCUAGUGCAGCCGAAACCUCGAUGGCUUGGCGGCAACGGCUGGCUCCUGGAUGGCCCUGAGGAGGUGUUGCAAGCCGAGGCCUGCAGCACCACGGAGGACGGGGCGGAGCCCCUCCUCUGCCCCUCGGGCUACGACUGCCACAUCCUGAGCCCCGGCGAUGUGGCCGAGGGCAUCCCCAACCGCGGGCAGUGUGUCAAGCAGCGCCGGCAGGCAGAUGGGCGAUUCCUACGACACAAGUUUUACAAGGAAUACCCAGAGGGCGACUCCAAGAAUGUGGCCGAGCCCGGAAAAGGACCCUUGAGGCACUUUCAGUGAGGCAAUGGGGCAGCCAGCGCGCAAGAACAUUCUUCCACUUUCUGCUAAGCCUUGGAAACCGUUGGACCAAACACGAUUUGACCCCCAGAGGCCAUGCCCAGCUCAACAGAGAUACUCAGACACAGGACACCCGGCUCUCGAUGCCAGCAUGACCCGCCUGGCUGGGUGACUUCGUGGGAGCACUGGGUCCCCGUGUGACCGUCCGGGGAACACAGCACACCUAGCAGCCCCGCUAGACCCGGAGACCCCACGGAGCCCGCCCUGGAAGAGGUCACUGCCUUUGUGAGCUGUGUCAAGCCCCUUUCCGUGUCUGUGUUGUUACGCAUUUCUUGCAGAUUUGUCUCUGGGAGGCAUGUCCCUAUGCCAAAUGUUCUCAAAAUAAAUCGCCCCUUACAAAACAGAAACGAACUUA